UCAAGGCAUGAACAAAAAAAUAAAUGUUGGAUUUCAAGCAAAAUUUGCCUGUAAUCCUGGUUUUAUAUUAACUGGGAACUCAACAAUUUACUGUCAGCAAAAGCAAAACCCGUUUGACUGCCAAGGAAAAUGGUCAGAAAAUGCGCCCACCUGUAAACCAAGGGAUUGUGAAAAGCCAAAUCUAGCAGAUAACAAAAUUAUGACGAUUGUUGGCGAUAAAUUCUAUUUUCCAGAAGUGAUUCAAUUCCGAUGCGUUAAAGGCUAUAAUCUCCAAAGUGGAGGAGCUCGUUGGCGUUGUAGUCUUGACGGAAUUUGGAUUGAUACCGAGAACAGAAAUAAUACAGAAUAUCCAAUAUGCAAACCCGUUAGUUGUGGACAACUUCCAAAUCUCGAAAAUGGUAGAGUGGAGGGUCAGAAUUUCGACUUUCCUGCUGAAGUCAAAUUCUCGUGCAACAGAGGCUAUUGCAUUGAAGGUAGCGUAACAUCAAACUGCCAAACUUCUGGUAAAUGGUCCAGUGAGCCACCACGCUGCAAUCGAGUAAAAUGCAAGAAACCAUCUAAACCCAAGUUUGGUCAAAUAUUAGUCAACACGACUGAUAUAUUUGUUGACUUCAUAGCAACAUAUCAGUGUAACAAUGGUUACGAUAUCAAUGGAAAGGGUUCUCUUCACAAAUAUGAAAGAAUUUGUUUGCAAAAUAAGACUAUCAAUCACUGUGAUGGGAAAUGGUCAAAUAUACAGCCGGUGUGCAAACCAAAACGUUGUCCCACAGUCAGGAAGCAAAACAAUAGAACAAUAUUGGGCAAACUAUAUGAGUACCCACACUCUAUCACCAUAGGCUGUGAUGAUGGCCACGAACUUCGUGGUGGCAGUAGCGUGUGGAAUUGCUCUGACCGAGGAACAUGGAUUGACACAAUUACCAAAACGAGUGGCGACCUACCCUCAUGCGAACCAAGAGACUGUAACAAGCCGAACGUUUCAGAAAACUGCGGAUUAAAUGGAACGUAUUACAAAUAUCCGGGAGUCGUAAACUUUACUCGCCUCCAUGGCUAUUGUGUUGAUGGAGCUACAAGCAUUACAUGCAAAAGUGAUGGGAAAUGGUCAAGUCAAUCUCCUUCUUGCAAAAGGAUAACGUGUCAGAAGAUUUCUCGUCCACGGAAUGGAUCAAUAAGUCGCAAUACAUUUGGACAUAGAAACAAUCCUUUUGUCAAUUCAACUGUCGCUUUCUCUUGCGACGAAGGUUACGAUUUGAAUGGCAACGCGAACCUUUCUAUUUUAAAUGUAUCAUGCCUUCAACAAGAUGACAUUUUAGACUGCAAUGGACGGUGGAACAAUACAACUCCGUGCUGCAUACCGAGAUCCUGUACCAAUCCGUCAACAUCAAACUUCAUGAACGGAACUAUAAUAGGCGAUGCAUUCUUCUUUCCAGAAUCUAUAAACCUGACUUGCAAUAAAGGUUACGAGCUAAUCGGUGGUACUCCUAUAUUCAAAUGCAACGAAAAAGGCAACUGGGUUGAGGUCAAAACGCCACAGCAAGAAAAUAAAAAUGUCGUUCAAGUGAGAAUUGAAAGACAACGAAAAUACUUUAAAAAAUGUACAGGAAAUCAAGUGCUUGUACCUAAAACAAAUGAAGUAACAAAUCCUCACUUUCCAACUUGUAAACCAAAGAACUGCCACAUGCCAAAGGAAAACUCACACUGCAAGAGAGUAGGAAUCUAUUUUCAGUACCCGGGAAUCGUAGAAUAUGACCGCGACUAUGGAUACUGCAUAGUUGGACCAAACAUAACUCAAUGUAACUCAUCAGGACAAUGGUCAAACAAAGUACCCAAUUGCAAACAAAUUGAAUGUCCACCUCUUAGCGAUCCCGAACAUGGUACAGUACAGUUGAGCUCAGAACAAAGAUUUGUAGAUGAUACGGCAGUUUACAGCUGCCAUUCUGGCUAUGACCUAAAUAUGGAUAAAAACAUUCCAACAUUUACUCGAACUUGCUUGCAACCGGAUAACCCUCACGAAUGCAAAGGAGCGUGGAGCAAAACACCGCCAUGUUGUAUACCAAGGUCAUGUCCGGAUCCUAAAAAUUCUAACUUCAGAAAUGGAAGCAUACGGGGAAAUGCCUAUUUCUACCCCGAAACUAUCUCACUAAAUUGCAAGGAAGGUCACGAGCUCGUCGGCGUAGGAUCCUAUUUUCAGUGCAAUCAAAGUGGUCAGUGGCAUGAAAUAUCAAAAACCAGUGACGAGGCAUUACAACAAGCCACUGAUAGAAUAAACUCGGAACUUGAAAAUUUGAAAGCCUGCAUAUCUCCAAAGUCAAAUACAAUCAAAACAAGACACUUUUCCACGAAAUUGAGACAAUUUCCUACCUGCCAACCUAAGUAUUGUAGGAAACCUGUUGUUGACAGUAACUGUACUCUGGUGUCAAGGAGCUUCCAUUAUCCAAACCAAGUGAUGUUUGACCGCAAAUAUGGAUACUGCGUUGUUGGCAGCAAUAUCUCUCAAUGCAAUUCACAAGGACUUUGGUCAAAAGCGUCACCAACCUGCGAACAUGUUCCAGUUCAUUCGUACCAACCUACUUAUCACAGAGAGCCGCGAUCUUUAAACAUUACUCUUCGAUUAUCAUUAGUAGUGUUGCUCGAUCCACGACGGAAUUCAAUUUUCGAGUUUCCACGGCUAAUCGAAAUAGCCGGUUAUUGUUAUUGGCAAUGAGGGAACAAAUUGGUGCAACAGCAACGUCUCUCUAACUGUAUCAUCCAUGUUUGACAUA